AGGUCACGCGACGAGGAUAAAAACUUCCCUUGUUGUUUGAUGUUUUAGAGCUUCGAGGAAUUUUACCACAUGGAGAGGAAACAUAGCAGUCAAGCAAAAUUUUCCGUUAUCGUCUGGUUUCUUUUCACGUUCAAUUUUGUCGGGAUUUUUGCGGAAACAUGUGAAAAGAUCGACGUCUGUUCGUGCAGAAAAAGCAACGGGAAAGUUAUAAGUCUGAGAGACGUCGCUGGAGGUGCAAAGGACCUGCGUGAGUCAACUAUAGUAACGUUUAAACCAUUUAAAAAUAAGCAAAAACUUAAAGCUAUUGAAAUGUACUGUCGAUUCCAAAGUAGCUCCCUUUGAAUGCUCAAGUUUUGUUCAAACUCCAUGAAAUAAGUGGGAUGGGGUUACUUCAGUCUUGCGUUAACUUACUUUUCUGUCGCUCGAACAGAGAAUCGUAUAAACAGAUGCCGCUUUUAAGCUUAUAUGGUAAUUGAAGAAAAAUUUUGAACCAUUUCGAUUGGGAAGAAAGACAAGUUCAGUUUUUCUUUAUUAUGCUCCGUCCUAGAUUACUUUUUCCUGCGUGUUUGUGUUAAAUUUUCAUGUACUGAUUUACUGAUACGUGAUAUGGUGGCAUCGACUGGUGACCCCGUUAUUGACCCCUUUUGUGACUGAAAGUUUGGCUUCCUCAGGUAGUGUGCAGGUCCUGUGUGCACCAGACGUAGUUAAUCGAUAAAACGAUAAACGAUAUUAAUCGAUAGUAAUCGAUGUCGAUCAUCGAUGAAUAUCGAUUUCCUAUAUCGAUCGAUAGAAAUCGAUAAAGAAAAGUUGUGACUUCGAUUAAUGUCGAUGAUUUUCCGAUAGAAAUCGAUGAUGACUUAUUUAUCGAUAGUUACAGAUUACUAUCGAUUCAUAUCAAUCUUAAUCGAUUUUGUUAAUCGAUAAUAAUCGAUAAAUUAUUUUUUCUGUGACGGCGAUUUCUAUCUUUUUCCGAUAUCAAACGAUAUUAAUCGGCGGAUUAAAUCGAUUAAUAUCCAUAAUAUCGCUUGAUUUCAGAUAUCGAUUUUUAUCGAUUAAUUGCCUCUGGAUUGUUAGGGUGCUUUUUAAUUGGUAUAUAAUUAACAAACCAAGCGCCUUCUUUGCUGUGUACAGCUGACCUAGCCAAGUAGCCGACUGACUAUGCGGGUAUAAAUCAGUUUGUUUUAAGUGAGUGUGAGGUCUAAAGUGUUUAUCGGUGUGAAUUAAUCUUUCAAUUGCUUACCUGCUAAACUUCUCGCUAGAUUGGCACAAUAUUUGGCCUUUAAAAACGUCCAGUCUAAUAACCCAUGCGUAUCGAAAUCAAAAAAGCGUGUCGUUGACGUAACGUUCGAUCCUGAACGCGGAAAUUUCCCGGUGACACGCGGAAUAGAAACCUUUGUUUUUAUUAACUGUUGACCGUCCAAUCAGAUAUCGGACGUGAUUUCUGCAAAAAUAAAGAAGUGGGUAAUCUCAACCUUGUUAACAGAAAUGUCAGAUUUUCCUCCGCAGAAUUCCCUACCCUUUCAUUUAAUAGCCUGCGAACGGCAGACGUUUCUCCUCGCUCAUCGCCGCUGAAGGACGUUUCUUGAGGAGGAACGUCUGCGACUGAGCGACAGAAAUUCCAUACUGAUGACGCAAAAUCUGCCCGGAAUCCGCUCAGAAGCGCUAAUUGGUGGACGGAUUGUUGUUUUAGCUACCGGAUUUAUUAUGUAAGCUGAUUGAUUUACGUCAUCAGUAUGGAAUUUCUGUCGCGGAGUCGCAGACGAACGUCCUUCAGCGGCGAUGAGCGAGAAGAAACGUCUGUCGUUCGCAGGCUAUUCAUUUAAAUGAAGCCUGAAAAGGUCCUCUUUCGGGAUGAGCCCCCGCAUAGGCCGUUAUAGGAAGUACGUCCGUCCUGGGGGCAGCAUGUAAUACAAAGGUUUAAUUAUAUAAAAUGGGAACUGCUACAGAAUAUUUGGUUGAAUUGAGCUUGGUAUGUGGAUUUGAAAGAGAAGGAAAACGCUUUCGUUUCCCCUAAAGAAAUUAACCAAUACAGUAUCCUGAAACAUACUGAAUUUACAACUUGUUUUAUGGGUGCUUCUUUUAUAUGGACCGCUUAAGAUGGAGUUUAUACUCCCAGAUUUUUGCUGAUUCUGUUUUUCUUUUUUUUAUGUUUAAGCAUUAAAGGAAUUAAAACUAUCUAUCCGCCUGGUACAAUAUAUGAGUUCGACUGGAAUCCUUGCACGACGUUUACUGAAGGAAGUAGCUGCACAGACAUGUUGGUAAGUGUGUGUUUCGCAUUUCUGUAAAUUAGCCUCUCAAGUUAUUAUUUCUUAUAAUUAAGAUAGAGGGUCAAAGUGAUAAUUUUAGCUUCAUGUAACAAGUUCUUAAAAGAGGGUCUCAAUGGGGUUAGCUGAUAGGCGUAAAACGGCCCAAAAUUUAGUCGAUAGCCGUAAAAAUUGAAAAAUUUUAACCGUUAGUCGUAAGUACGGUAAAAAGAGUUAACCGUAAAAAAAUUUUGCUCCUUAGAUUUGAUAAUUUGAGGAAGGUGCUAAACUCACCUAGAACGGUUGUGAUUCUUAUUUCGCGACUACUUUCAAUCGGCUCUUUACGUUCCCUUUUCUGCUAGUUUUGCUUUUCACGAAGAUUCUACUCAAAUAAACUGUUAUGUCUUGUCUGUCUUUUAUUAGGAAUGGUCCUUUUCAUGGCUCACGAAAAAUUUUAGUUGACUGGCAAUAGCUUAACCUUUUGUUUCUAUUUUAAACAAAGAGUUCAUCUCAUUUUAAGAGAAUGAGAAAACUGCGGCAAAGAUCUUCAAAGCCGCGUACUUCUCAGCUUGGCUGCGACACUUGUAAAUGUGAGAGUCACAGAAAUGUUCGAGUCUCAAUCUGUAUGCUUGUUCUUUUUUAGUUUUUUGUACAAGCCGUUCUUCAGUGGGGUAAAGACCCUAGUAAAAAAGAGAAGAGAGUAUCAAAUACUAAGCGACGCGAAGGACGAAUCAGUAGCCCCUGAAGAAAAGGAAAUCACGCCAAGAUACAAAAGAUGAAAAACUUUUUCAUAGUUAACAUUUCUAUGCGUAAAAUGAUAUUGGAAGUAAAAUACUCUAAAAGCAUGAUUUAUGAAAUUUUUACAAUUUUCAGAAGAAUAACUUAUUUCAUCCCGAGAUGAUCCUAAGACAUUUAUUUUGCUUUAAAGAUACAAAAAAAUACAGGUUUAUUAUAAAUAUUUAACUCUUUGAAACAAAGAAAUUAAUUUUUAACUUUAUAGUUAACCGUAACUGAAAAAAUAUUAACCGAUAGCCGUAAGAGAGCCAACAUUUUAGCCGAUAACCGUAAAUGCCACCACCCUAUUGAGACCCUCUUAAAAAAAUUCAGUGAUGAAAUCAAAUUUAAGAUGAAUAGAGAUUGAGUCUGAACACAGCAAAAUCAGCAAAAUUUGUCUGUAGGAUCUAGACAGAGUUCUUCUCGUAUGUCUUGACCAUCACUGGAGACGCCAAUGUACCUAAAGUAACAUCUACCAAAACCCUGGGUGUACAUUCGAUCAGGCGCUUACAUGGGCAACACAUAUAGAAGAGACAUUUAAAAAAUUAAUCAGCGCAGUUGGAGCUCUUACACUUGUGAGACAGUUUGUUCACCUGUCGACCCUCCAGACAAUGGACAACCGUCUUUUAUCCAGCCGUUAUUGCAACGUUGUUUGGGAGGGUCUGGACUCAGAACUAUAAUCAUAGACAAAAGUCUUGGGACACUUUUGCAUUUCUUGGGCGUUUUCCAAUUCACACAGGCCCAACCACUCCUCUCAUCCCACAAAACAACGUUGGACGAGUGUAUCCAGAUUUCUUUGCGAGUUUCAACUUUAAAGUUCUUUAUAUGCAAAAAUUGCGCUGCAAUUACAACAUAAAUAUAUGUAAUCCCUCUAAUUUCAAGAAAUUUUUUUGCGCGCUCCCCACUAUUACGGACACUAAACCGCGGUCCCGAGGGUGUCCGCAAUAACGGGAGCUGCUGACUAUAUGACGAAAAAAAGCGAUUGGGUUUUAUAGUGGUGCAUUUAUUUGCAAUCAAUUAGCCGAGGAUCUGCGUAAAUGCCGAAGUCGAAGAAUUCAAUUAAAUCUAAUUUGGACGGCUUGUUUCCCAGCUUCUUUGAUUCUUUAUUAUGAUAUUUAGUUUAAGGAGGAUUUCUUAUCACAAAUUGUUUACUUAUAACUUUUCACUUCACUUAUAGACGCUCAUAACUCUGAGGAUUUAAGACGUCAGCUCACGGUCUAGAGUGUGUGGACCCGCAAUAACUCGAGUUGACUGGAAAACUAUCACCUAACAACUUCCUUCAUUUUCCCACUUAGAUUUGUCAGACGCUUCCGAAUGCACAGGAAACCCAUCCAUGCGCUAACUCUGUUGCUAGUUUUGAAUCAGACACCGAUGGAAAUACCGUCAUAAAUUAUGAGCCAACCAUUGAGAAGGCCACUUCCUACAAAAGGUAAUUUAGCACCAAGUUUGAAGUUAGCAAGUUUAAAGUAAUUUCGGGCCAUCAUGGCUGCAACGUUGUUUUAUUAAACCUGUGCUAAAACUACUACACAGGCUACCUGUUGCGGUUCAGGAUCCAAAAUAAAAUCCUACUGGAUGCUGAUGACUUUUAAAUGUCUAAAUGACACUGUUGCUGCUUAUCUUAAAGAUUUAAUUCACUCUCAUACACCAAACCGCAGUCUGCGAUCAACCUCAAAACACUACUUAGCACAUGAGCAAUCCCACCCGAAAAGUUAUGGUCUCAGAGUAUUUUCAGUUGCAGCACCCAUUUUGUGGAAUUCUCUCCCACGUAGGCUUAGAGACCAUUCAAAAUUUUCUAUAACCUCUUUUGAGAAAAAACUUAAAACACAUUUAUUUAAAAUAGUUUUUUUUUAACAUGUAAAUUUUCUAUUGCUGAUUUACUUAUACAUUUAUUUUUUUAACUAGUAAUAGUUGACACUACAGCUGCCCCCGUUUUGUAUGUUGUCGGUCAAUAGUAUUCUUGCUGGUUGUGUAGCUCUUUGAAAUAUACCGAUUCAUAAUGAAGAUUUCCACACAUAUUCCAUACAAUAGGUGAGAUAAAUACAUGAAACGCAAGGUUCCAUGCACAGUUUCAGCUCGAUUUACACAGCUUUGAUCAAAACAUUCUCAGUUUCGAGAAUAGUUUAUUCGAAACCAUAAGAAAAGAUUUAAUUAGAAGUUGAAUUUUUCGCUAUUUCUCUUUCCCUUUUACAUUCAGUUCAUAUUAUUUGCUGGAAAGUAAGCCUUAGAAAUUAAAAGACGUUCGAUCGAUUUAUGCUAGCGCAUUCUAGUCUUAUUUGAAACUUUAUAACGGAAGGACAUCUGUGAGCAGGGAAUAAGUCAACACAGAAUUUGAUUGUCGGCGAAUUUCUGUAAAUGUCAAUCAAUCUGCUAGUGAUAGCCGUUGUUCACUCGUCUUGCUUGUUUGGGGCUGAGUCUUAUUCCGGUCAAAGAGAGAGAAAGAGUGUCUGGCAAGGUUUCCAAUAUAAAUCAAAGAUUUGUGAACUCGUUUCUGGCAAACUCUCCAAUUGUUUAUAUAUCUACACUGUUAAACGCACCUUAUAACCUCCCCUGCGCUUAACGAGUGUCUUUUGGUCCAUAACUUUCAAAGCAACUGCUCCACAGAAUGUCACUGCGUAACGCAAAAUAGUAUCGAAGUAUGACUGCACAAUAAAUAGAGAGUUUUAGAUCCGAGUUUACCGCGAACCGCUAACCGCUGGAGGUCACGUGACAAGUCUUUCGCUUCACGUUUGAGGUUUACGUCGUGCGUUUUCAACGUGGGGAGAUAGGGUUUCACGUAUGUCAUUUACCUGAACACUUUUAGCGUAUAAUUCUUGUUUCAUCCCACGUAAUGAUACAAAAAUUUUGAGAAGCAAGUCUUUAUCCAUUCACAGAGGCACAAAUUCGGGCGAAAUGCAAAAUUUUAUAAAUCCUAUUGGAUCUUGAAAACAAGUGCCAUUUAUGGCUGCUGAUUCAAAAUGGCGGCCUUAAUUUAAUCCACCGCCAAUCUAAAUCGAAUUUUGUUUGACCGUCGAACCGCAGACGGGUAACCGCAAACCGCGGUUAGAGGUUUGCGGUAAACUCGGAUCUAAAACUCUCUAAUGUCACAAAAUCAACCUGAGCGGUCCCUUCGGGAUUUUCUGUCGUUACGUCAUCCUAACCAUUUCAUACUUGCGGGCGCAAGCAAUAGAAACGUCAUCAUUACCUACCGAUUCCUCGCGGCCCCAGUUCGAGCAAAUCGAGAUUUUUUCUAGUAUACUGACUGUAUAUUUGAACUGUAAGUACUGUCCUUAAUAUACGCGCAAGUUACUAGGGGUGCCUCCUCGGGAUUUCCCCUCUGGGCGAAAUCCCUGGGGGCAAUAAUUCUACAUAACUAUAAUUUUAUUGUAAAGCGCUAAUGAACUUUACAGAGUAGCGCUAUAUAAGUGUUACUUAGGGACGGACCAUUAGAAAAGUGAUGGGGGGGGGUGGGGAAUUUUCAGCUUGCACGAAUUUUUUUUUUUUCGCUCACUGCUUGUGCAGGAAUUUUUUUUUCAGGUGAACCCCUCUGAACGAAUUUUUUUUUUCAGACAAAAAUUGCUUUUUUUGAACAGUUAAAUCUUGAUUCAUUAUCUAUGUUUUUGUGCUUUAUAAAUUAUUCUACACUCACAAAAGAUCAAAGGAUACAGGCCACUUUAAUGCAAAAUCUUUUCGAAAAUGUACACACAGUGAGAGAGGAGGAAGCCACUUGGAGUGGACGGCUUCACUGUGCAUUUUUUCAGUCCCUGCCCUCUGGAAUUCCUCUCCCACAGCCAAUGGUAAAUAAAUAGUGACAGGCCAUUCACAGAUCCCGCAAGCGUGUCGCAUGAAUGUAAUUACUUAUCUACACGUAGCGGUUAAAGAGAUUAACUACAGUUUGGCUCUAACCAGUAUAUCGAAGGCGUAGUUUGAAUAUUCUUAUGUUUUCUACGAAAGUCUCUUCUGAAGAGUUAGUAUGGUAAAUAAGUAGUGACAGGCCAUUCACAGAUCCCACAAGCGUGUGAAUGGCCUGUCACUAUUUAUUUACCAUGUCACCCACCCGGAGUCAAAAAAGGCUUCGUAAAAGGUGAAGGCCUGAGACUACUAAGAACUAACUCUUCAGAGGAGACUCUCGUAGAAAAUAUAAGAAUAUUCAAACUACGCCUUCGAACGAGAGGCUACCCGAACAACCUUAUAGACAAAACACUCUCGGAAGUAAAAUUCUCUCACAGAAAGAAAGCUCUUAAGGAUAAUACAAGAGUGCAAAAAGAAAUAUUGCCCUUUGUAACGCAAUACAACCCAUUUGUGCCUACCUUAAACACAUAAUUUUUAAUGGAGAAAUGGCAUCUUAUAGAAUCACAACCUAAACUUAAAGAAAUGUUUAAAGAACCUCCAAUUAUUUCUUAUAAGAGAGGCAUUUCAUUAAGAGAUAUACUGGUUAGAGCCAAACUGUAGUUAAUCUCUUUAACACUACGUGUAGAUAAGUAAUUACAUUCAUGCACCACGCUUGCGACAUCUGUGAAUGGCCUGUCACUAUUUAUUUACCAGAUUCUAAUAUUUAUUUAUUACAAAUUUUAUUUUAUUAUUUUCAUUAUAAUACGGUAUACAGUGUAUGUUGUAGGUACACUAGCUGCAAUUUAAAACAAAAACAAGGUUCUAAUUGUCUCCUUUCAGUAAGAAGAAAGUGAUUUUUGUUUAUUCAUAUUGUGCCUGGUAAGAUUGUUGAUUUCUGAAACUCAGACUUUCUGAAAAAGUCACAAUUGGACCUUCCUUCUGCAUGAAUUUUUUUCUUUACCUUCUUCUUUGCAUGAAUUUUUUUUGUUGGCAUUUUCCCUUGCAUGAAUUCUUUUUGUUCCCCCCCACCUCAUCACUUUUCUAAUGGUCCGUCCCUUAUUAUUAGAAUCAGGAUAAAGUUACCUCGCGCGCUGCGUGGAUGUUUCGUGGAGGUUUCGCAUGACUAAACGCCGUGCAAAACAUGUCGGGCGAAAGGCAAUGAAAGCGUAAAGAGAUCGAGAGCAUUUAUGAAUAUUAAAACAAAAUGAGUCGGCGCUCACCUGGGGAAAAGGGUAUCGCUGGACUCUUUGACAGCCUGUGAAAUCAGUUUAACUCGAAGUUGUCGUAACCUCAGUGCUUUAAUAAAAUGAGAAAUUUCGCCGGUCUAUUGAAACCGGUCGUUUGUACAAUAAAGCAAGUUGGACGCCAAGUGUUAUUUUUGUUGAAUAAUAAAAGCCUAAUAAAAUUAAAAAUAAAUAUCAAACCAGAAAUUGCUCUCUUCAAAUUGUAAAUUAUAAAUGAUCCUGAGAGAUUAAUUCAGCGUGUUAAGGAUUUCCCAGCUGUACUGUAAGCUCUAUACAAGAGAGGAAGGGCGAUUCUUUUUAAUUUCCAUUUCGCAGACACCGCUUUAGCAGAAAUCUCUCUUUAGUCGUUUUCUUCGACAAAACGAAUAGAAAUAUAUCGCUCUCCGAGUCUUCCGCCAUUUUUUCUGCGUCAAUUCGUGAAGAACGCGUAGCUCUGAGCGUGGGUCAUCCACGCGGAACACAUUCGCGCUAUGUGAUUGGCUGUUGCCUCAUCCCCUUGGGAUCUGUGUGUCUUAAAAAUAACUCGAGGCAAAUUACCUAUGGAAUAGGGUGUGUAUGGGGGAUGCCUUCUCUGUCCCCUUUAUCCUCUCUUGUUAUGUAUAACAUAAUUAUCACCAAUUAUGCUGCUCAAUUUUGCCGGAGAGUAGAUUCUUGCUGUGCAAUUCAUGAUGAAAUCUUGGUAUAAAUUAAUUCAUAAACAAAAUAAAAAGGAUGUGCAUGUUAAUACUGUGGAACACGUCAUCACACAAAUACCAAGAUGUUCAUAUGAAUAUCGGCGUGAAUUUGUAAUGAAACUGUAGUGUUUGAUUUGACUUGCUGAGUUUCGUUUCAACCGAAACACUGACUUGACGUGAAGAUUAGAGUAGACAAUUUACCCAGUGAUGUUUAAAAUUAUUUAUUUUAUUUCAGGACCUUCAAAAUUACUCUAAAAUGUGAUCCUAGCAAGUUUCCAGGCUACACAGAUGGUGUUACAGAAGAUUACACAUACAAAGAUUCAAAAUAUGUAUGAAUGAUAGUUAGCUUUAUUUUAAAAAAUAAAAAACCAUUUACUUUGAGGCGGUCAUAUUUGAACCAGCUCUGUGGAGUAUAGUGGCUAUGAAAAGCUGGCUACAUAUUAAACAUAUAGUAUCAUGUUAAAGUGCUGCUGAAGAGGAGAAUGCUAACACCAUAGUAUUUUAAGGCAACUCAAAACAAAGAAAAUUGUCAACUACGUAUGCGCAAUGUAUGCAGUAUCCUGGAAACCGUACAACAACCUGUGAAACGGUUUGUUUGAACAGCGGUUGACCUACCAAAAACAUAUACUGCGCAUGCCCACGUGAAUGUCAAAUCAACGUACCUUGAAUUCACUGUGUCCCAUUUUUGUUUACUAAUUUUCCUUUCUCCUCAGAAACACGUGAUAGUCAGGCUAAGUUCGUGGAAAAGCCGGGUGUUUGGAGUUUUUCAUAGGCUGUUCAGUUACUUGUAGAAAGACAAAAUAGUUAUUUGUAUGCGACAAAAUUCACCCGAGACAAUAUAUGCUGUAAUUAAAACACCAUUUCACUUUUUUUCUGAAUUUGGCAGUUGACUGCAGAAUUCACUCCCCUGGUCUUUUCAAAACCAUUUUAAAAUUGUACUGUCUAGACAGCCCGCAUUUCUUCUAACAUAAUUUAUCACACACGAUCGAAUCAGCACAUGUUUAUCUUAGCUUUAGUAUUUUCUUUCGCAAAUGUAUGUGGGAUAUAAUACAGUAAAGCAUUUCACAGUUAUAAACUUAACUGACUUUUGUUUUCAAUUACAGAGUAUGGUGUUUUCUACAAAAUGCGCGUGUGAUGACGCUUGUGCCUCUAAUAACGAUAAUCCUGCUCAAAACAGCAAUGGACUCAGUACUGGAAGUAUUAUAUUAAUAGUGUAAGUAACCGAUAAUGCUCAUCCUUUCAAAAGUGAUUGCCGCAACUAAGUAAUGAAGAAAGAUGUGCUAUAAUGACGUGAUUUUGCUUUGUAAUGCAUGGUCUCGUAUUCAGGCAGAGAUAAAUCUGCUCAUGGAGAGUAGCUUUCUAUAAAAAAUGUUAAUGCGACCUGUAUUCCCAUCAAUAAAAUUCAAAAAUUUGUUGCCAGUCAAGGAUAGCGAGAUAUCAUACUUACAUUUACGUUAAACUGCUAAUUUUACUUCGCAUUAGGUGGGUAUGAGUGUCAAUUUCAUCAUUCCAAAGCUGCAGGACAUAUUGUUCGGACCCAGGCUAUGGAUAAUAUUUGCAUAAAAACAGAUUUCAACGGAUUCGGUGGGGUUUUUUGAACGAACCAAUUAAAUAUCGUCCAACAUGUUAGCAGCAUGGGAAACCCCACUUAGCUUAUUGUUCAUGCAAAGUGGAAAUCUAGUGGAACGUCAGUGAAAAGCCCAAGCCUCUUUCAUAGUAUUCAAGAGGUGUUAUGACGCUUUCAGAACGGCGGAGUUUUUCUAACGACAUGAUAACAGAUGAAUGAUCGACCCAAACAAUGCUAUUAGCCCUUAAAUCAACAACAUUAAGGUGUGUUGUCAAGGACAAUGAAGAAAACUCCUUCCUGUAUAUCUUCUGUAGUUGUGCAAAUUUUCCUGGUAUUAUCAUCAUCAUAAUUAUCAUUAUCGUCGUCAUCAUCAUCAUCAUCAUUAAUUAAGAUAAUAAGGCAUACACUUAUCCAGUUUAUUAUUGGUUGAGCUGUUCAAGUUUUCACGUAACGAAUCCCAGCUAAGAACAGACAAAAUGUUUCGUGGUGCUGGUUAAAACACGUUUGAACAGACUGAGACUUGAUACUACACCGUCAACCCUAGUCUCCUUCGCAGCCGUUAUUUAGGGUCGUCACGCAACGCUCCUCCCCAUUAACGCCGUUGGUGGGGAGGAGCGUUGCGUGACGACCCUUAUAACGGCUCCAAAGGAGACUACGUCAAACCAAGUUUUCAACGUAUUCCUCCCUUAAGGAGGUAUAUUUUGGGGCCCGUUCCAUUUGUAACAUAAAAUUUGUUUAUUAACUGUAUCAGUCUUACAUAUACAUUUUUUUCCAGAUUCUUUGUGUUACUCUUUGUUUAUUUGGUGGCUGGAAUUCUCAUUAAAUGGUACAAAAUGGAAGUUGAGACCGUACCAGAGGUGAUACCUAAUUACGAGUUCUAGGCUGGAAUUCCAUCACUUGUUAAGGUGAGACGUGCCAUAUCGUGAUGUCUUUUGUAGAGCCACGGUAAACAAUCCAACAUUAAAGAAAUUUGGAAUCGCGUUUACGGCAGGCGACAAACGUUAGACUCAAACCGACAUUUUUUAAAAAUUAAAAUUAGGUAAUGAGAGGAUAGAAACGGUCUCAAACAAUUCUUAUAUAUGAAAGCUACUGUAAGUGACAUGCAACAGUUUUUUUAGUGCAGAAGUAGACUGUGAAAACAGCCGACAUUUCGCAACUCCACUUCUGGUUUCCCCGCGAAAUGACGUCUGCGAAACGAGCGCAUACUGAGGACGCGUCACCACCCAGAUCUGGGUACGUAUAGUGCCUCUGAUUGGUAGUGCAAGUGGAGAAUUCGCUUCAGCCAAUCAGAGGAACUACUCAGAUCUGGGUAGUGACGCGUCAUCAGUAUGGAAUUUUUGCACUCGUCUCCCGGCACUGGUUUCUCCUAACGAAAUGUCUGCUAUUUACUCAGGCUACGGUAGAAAUAAUGACGGUAAACGAUCAGUGAAGAGAAAAAAACUUGGUCAAGAGUAGCCUCCCCGCAGACGUCCUUUGGGGUUCGUUUGUCACGCAUUCAUUUCUCCCCCACGGACGUCUGCUAAACAGAGCCGACUUUUGCGUUCUGGAUUGUUUGAAUAAGCCAAUAAGCGGUUAGUUGUUGUGUCACGAUCAGCCAAUCACGCGCCGUGAUAUAAGUGAUGUCUCUGGUAUUCUCAAGUGAAUUAUUUAUUUUCACGGCUAUCUUCUACAUGAGACGACUCAAACGUUUUGAAGAAAUCACAGAAACGAUGCAAUAAAGCUGCAGUCAGCUGUAUAUUUUUUUCGGAAGUUGUGACUAUAAAAUAAUCUGCUUUUCUUUGAAAGACUUCAGAUAACAGUCUGCCACACGAGCGCGGAGCGGUUUUCAGCGCGGUCGAAAACAAUAAUUACUAUUAACUCUGUAUAUAUUCGAAGUAUUAAGAAAAGAGAACUUGUAAACGUGUAUAGGGAAGAUAUUCAAAGCAUUCUUCGAAAACAAAGGCCGUUUCCUUUUUUGCGAAAUGUAAUUCCACCAAGGUCAUGGGUCGCGAACCAAGGACUAGCCUCCCCGCAGACGUCCUUUGGGGUUCGUUUGUCACGCAUUCAUUUCUCCCCCACGGACGUCUGCUAAACACAGCCGACAUUUACGUUCUGGAUUGUUUGAAUAAGCCAAUAAGCGGUUAGUUAUUGUGUCACGAUCAGCCAAUCACGCGCUGUGAUAUAAGUGAAACGGCACCCUACGAAUUAUUUCUCGCUUUUUUAGAGGAAUAUUUAUUCCAUGCCUAUGCAUGGAUGAGACUCCAAAGAAAGUUAUAAGAAGUAAAUUUUUUUGUUUUCUUUGCAGCUGUAAUUUAGGAAAGGACCAAGUUCGUGUGUUUAGAAAAAGCGCAGUCGACAUCGCAAGGCUCAUCAAACGUGCUCUGGACGUUGAUGUGUCUUUGUAUUCUCAAGUGAAUUAUUUAUUUGACUCAAACGUUUUGAAAAAAUCACAGAAACGAUACAAUAAAGCUGCAGUCAGAUGUAUAGUUUUUUCGGAAGUUGUGACUAUAAAAUAAUCUGCUUUUCUUUGAAAGACUUCAGAAAACAGUCUCCCACACGAGCGCGGAGCGGUUUUCAGCGCGGUCGAAAACAAUAAUUACUAUUAACUCUGUAUAUAUUCGAAGUAUUAAGAAAAGAGAACUUGUAAACGUGUAUAGGGAAGAUAUUCAAAGCAUUCUUCGAAAACAAAGGCCGUUUCAUUUUAUGCGAAAUGUAAUUCCACCAAGGUCAUGGGUCGCGGACCAAGGACCAGUACGCGAAAUUUGGUUAUAUUUUUUCAAGAGUCGGUAAAACAAAAAAUUCGAAGUCUACAGCAAUGUGCUUCCAACGGCAAAAAAAGGUUUAUCUGAAAACUUGAUCUGCAGAAAGGCACGUCUUCCCGUUGCGGUUAUUUAUUCACAAGCUAAGUAAACAGGACCACGGUGCCGCCGAAGUCCAAACUUCAAGCUAGAACGACAAAUUAACCUACCUGUCAACAAAGUUUAAUCUCGCUCCUUCAAAGAAAGAAGAAAUGCUUAUAAUCAAUAAAUCAUUGAACCUUUCAUUGUUCAUUGUAUUUUAUUUCUCAACGAAAUAUUUGAUCAUGCUCGGGACAGUCGCCGACCAAGGACCACAUACUAACUGUACAAGUCACUCGCUAACAUUUCCUCCACCGAUCAAUCUUCAACCAAGCUUCUGGGCUUCCGUAAACAACAAAGUCCCUCUCUCGACAACCCUCAUAUUCUCUUUGCUAAUAUCACUGAGCGUUACAGCAGGAAUACCAAUAUUUUCCAGCUUUGUACAUUGAUCUUUCAAGAUUUACCAGGGGAGAAACAACAACAACAAUAAUGUCCAGUAGUUCCACGCACUGUGUCACAAACAAGCAGCAAAGCUUGAUAGAUAAGGGAUUUGCCAAAUCCCGUCGGCAAAUUUAUGAACACAAUUCGGUCUUUGUUAUAAAAUUUGCAGGAUAGCUUCUCUCUGAUACUUGUUUAACUCUGUAUUAAUUACAAAUUUCUCGCAGACUCGAUCAAAAACCUCACUGAUCGUGCGAAUCUUAAAGAAGCAGCUCGGGUUACGUUUUACAAAAAUCCGUAAACGGCCUGUGAUUGGUGAACGUAAAUGUCGGCUGUGUUUAGCAGACGUCCGUGGGGGAGAAAUGAAUGCGUGACAAACGAACCCCAAAGGACGUCUGCGGGGAGGCUAGAUCAAGAGGUACAAACUGCCAUUUGCCUUUUGCCGCAUAAAUGGAUUCUAAAUCUCUGCAAUGUCGCACAGUAGAAUGCUUAACUAAUUAGAGAACUACUUAUCAAGACCUACAAGUAGAAUGCGAGCACAGCCGCUUCUCAUCGCUCCCCUUCGUCGCUAAAGACAUUGCACGUGCCCACCCUCCAGGGACCAUGAUAAUGAGAGGCGGUUCUACUCGCAGGCUUAGUCAAAACGGAGUAUACACAUUAAAUCCACUAUUUUAAGCUCUAAGGUGUUAUGUGUAUGAAUAAACUACUUACUAACCGAAUUUACAAAUGAAGUUGACCAUGAAGUUGAUGCUGGAUACUGAAGUGUUAAAGAGAAGCUAAAACGUCUAACAUGUCAGGAGCUUGAAUUCCUAAAUUACUUCGGAUGUCAGAUCUCAAGGAUUCGCUUUCGAAGUACAGUCAACUCUCUCAUAGCAACCACUUCUAGUAAGCGACCACUUUGUAAAUAACCGUAAGGGUUUUGUUUCUCAGUCAAAUACUGUUUUAAAAACUCUGUCGUAAGCGACCACUACUUAAAUUUCUUAAACAGAUCCCGCGACCACUUUUUAGGCCAGAAAUUUGACAUAUUCCUUUGUUUUCUGUCUGCCGUGAGCGACUAACCGGCAUGAUCACGUAUGAUUGUAAGAAAACCACUGCUCGAAUGUCACAAAAGUUCAGUAUUUUUAUGAUUAUGGCAGUUGACUUACCACAAAGAUGGCUGUCAUACGAUCUGUGGGUAAAAAGUGGAUUGUUACAUUCAUGCAAAAUGUAAUUAAUGUCUCAACAGUUCCCAGCGCUAUUCGAUGCGAAACUGUAAGGUAUAUAAUAGCUUUAUAUAAUAACUUUACCGUGAUCAGUUCAGUUUGAGCUUAUUUUCUUGAUUUUUCCCGAAGACGACCGGCCACCUCCCGUAAGCGACCACUUUCUCGUGCACCAAGGGUGGUAAGAGAGUUGACGGUAUAAUUUGCCUGGGUGGUCCAUAUAUACCGUAAAGCCGGUAUUUUGAUUUGAUAUAUGACGAAAUAACGUUUUCCCUCGGCGAGCGAGGUCUGUACGACAAGUAUUUUUUUUUAUUUUAGUAUUAUUAUUAUUUCUUUUCUUUUCUUUGUUUGUUUUUUUGUUUUUGUUUUUGUUUUUUAAUUUUGCUUCGUUUUUUUUAAUCAUCCAAUCUCAAGCAGCAUUUGUAAAUUGCCUAUACGUAGCGAGAUUUACAAUUGUACAUUCAAAAACACAAAUAAAGUUUCCACUAUUAUAUUAUUAUCACCAUUAUCAUUAUCAUUGUCAUUGUCGUGAUCAUUAUCAUUAUCUUUAUCAUUAUCAUUAUUAUUAUAAUUAUUAUUAUUAUUAUCAUUAUUCAUACGAGCGCUAACGUGGCUCUAUUUCCAAUAACAUAAAAUUUCUUGUCCUGAUGCUCUCAUGGAAUCCUCUUUUAAACGAGAAAACAGCCCAAUGAAAACACUGGAAUUUCAGGGAAACAAAAUUAACAUAAGUUGUUUCUGACGUCAUAGAUUUUUCAGUGUUACCCUCUUAGAGAUUGGUCAUUGUUAGGUGUCUUGUGACGUCGAAGUACCCAAGGAGAGUGUGCCGACUGUUGAAAAAAAACCCUUAAUAUAUAACACCAUGAUAAAACGUCUUAUUGCGAGGGUAUGUUAUAUCUGACUCCUGUUAUCUUUUCACUUAAUUACUAAGACAAAAACAAGCUAUUCGUGAUACGGGAGUUCGUAAUAUAGUGGUUUUUACGUCUAUUUUUUUUUAACGUUAUUGAUCACAAUAGUUUGUGAUAUGGAUCUAUUUACAUAGGAAAAAAAAGAUAAAGUAAGUAGUUCUACCGUCAACCUAGCGGAAGCUGAUCGUGGCUGGUACAGGUAUUACGUCAGAUAUGUAUACAUUACGCUCAGGUGGAUAGAGAGAAAUUUUGCACCUAAACGUCUUGUCAAGAAAAGAGUGAUUUAAAAACUACUCUAAUUUCUUAUUCAAUUUCCACAGGAUGGAGUUUUGUUGACGUGCCAAGGAUUGAAGUCUGGAUGCACUUCUCUCUGCCAGAAAUGUAGUAAAAAUGGCUAUGGCGAGAUAUAAACAAUUAGAAGAAGUCCUUUAAAGUUAACCAACCUCGCAAUCUAAAAUUGCCCAGUAUUGAGUUCGCUCUGACUGCAAAAUAAAAGUACAGUAGACGCAUUUUUUCAGGCAAGCACCUCUCUGCCGGCACGAGCGUGAGCAUUCUUUUACUUUUGUUUACAAAGUUACUCCGCGCAUAACCCAAGCACGUAUUUUAAAAGCGACAAGCGGCGAAACCACGAAGGCGUAAGCCUGAGAAGAAAAAAAUUGUCUCCUCCAAAUCCCUUAUUGUAACGUAACGUUAUUACUUGCAAUCGCGCUGGCUGGGAUAACUGAAAACAGGAUGGAUUUUAAGAUAAAAGGCGGACUGCGAAUAAUCCUG